GAGACAGACUUCAUCUGAUCACAGCUUAAACAACUUCAAAUUUCAAUACAGACACGAACUAUGAACCAUAUAGAACGAGAACAAGAACGAGAAAUAGCAACGAUAGUAUCUGCUCAACAACGCCAAAAAUAAACACCAAUUCCAAAUCCCCUCAAAAAAGACAAUCAAGUCCCUCAUCAUAACCUUGCACACCUCAAGAAAGAGAAAAAAGUUGAAAAGCAAUAUAGGAAAAAAAAAGCUCUAUUAGUAUCAGUUCAAUUCUAUUCUUUUCAGUUCUCCAAUUUGAGUUCGAGUAGUGAAUAGCCCAGUCCGGUUUUGCAAAGUGAAUAUUUCAAAAUUCAUCUCCAUCUCCAUUGACUGAUUUCCUAGAAACAAAGCGGGGCACGGUAAGUGAGUGAGAUUUUCUGUUCUGAAAUUUAUCUUCUUAUUCAUCAUCUCUUCUCUUCCCGUUACUUUUUCUUCUCUCUACGACCUCAUCCUGCGAUUCGAUCUGUUUCCAAACUCCAACCUUCCCAACUCCCCAAACACUCUCCCACACCCAGAAUCACCAAAAUGGUCAUCUCCAAACUAAUCGAAGAGAACCCUCCCGACUUCCUCUCCUCCCUCCUUCGCGGCAACACGAUACAAAUCACCUACCUCAAAGCCGACACCCCAAUCACCACACACAUACCCAGCAUAAUCGGCAAAGCCAUCUCGGCCCGUUUCAAAAACCUCGACAAACACAGCCCAAACCAGGCCUGCACUGUUCUCGACUGUCUCGGAGAACCACAGACAGAAUUCGAAGCCAAACUGUUCCGCUCCAAUGUGAGCGAUCUCAUGGAUCAUUUUGGAAAAUGGUUGUAUACUGGAAAUGUGGAGAUUGAGGGAUGGAUGGUCUGGGAUUUAUGGAUGUUUGGAGAGGCGUUUGGGGUCCCAAGAUAUCAGAAUGAUAUUAUGAGAGCAUUGUGUGCGAAGGCAUCGGAGAAUAAUCCUUCGUUGGUUAUUAUGAAGUAUUUUGGGUUUGAUGCAGUGACCUUGAAUAGAUGUUGGGAUCAGACGGAUUUUACGAUUGAUCGGGCUCGCAUGUGUUCGGUGGAAAAUGGGUCUGUGUAUUGGGGAAAUAAACAGAUGUUGAAGUUUAUUAUGGAUGUGAUCGUGUUUGUGGGGUUUAAGGAUUCGAAUGUUAGGAGGCUUAUUAAUAGUGGUGGACGUAUUGCUGAGCAAAUUUUUAAAUUGUCAGUCGAAGUCGCGCGUGGCAAGACUUCGAUGGCGGCUCCGUGGAAGUCUAGAAAUCUCAAAAAGUACCUUGUGAAUGAGGCUAUACUUAUGGAGGAUUCUAGCUCAGAUGAAGAGAUUGGGAAUAGUUCGGAAGAGGAUACGAAGGAUAUCGAGGAAGAUAAAGAGAAUACUGCCGAUGAUGAUAAUGACGAUGACGAGGAGAAUGAGGAUGAGGAUGAUAACGAUAAUGAUGAUGACGAAGAGAUGAGGGAUGACUUUAAGGAGGAAGAAGAAGAGUGAGUUGAGGCGCGUCAAAGAAUCGAAGAUUUCACAGGCUAACGUAUCAAAAGAAGCCCAUUUACUGCAGAGGAACUUCUUGCAGAGGGUCAUCGUCUUGCACAGCCAAGACAUGUAUAAAUGUUCCACAAGACUCAAACUCGCAAACUCCUUGAUCACAACUUCGGUACUACCAAACACCAGUGGAAGUAUUGCUCCAUCAAGCACUGGACUCGAAACAGUGAUUGCAAUAAGAUUCUCGCGUUCUUUGAGGAGAAAAGAAAGACAACAUCUGAAAAAUAUCAGUAUCAUUACAAUUCAGCUUCCAAUAUGCACUUGAAAGGGUACGCUGUGGAUCUGCAUCAUUACUUAAUGUUGCGCGCAUCUGCGUUACGACGUGAUACCAAAAUGAAACUUACCCACAUCAUUUGGAAUAAAAAUCUCCAGGCAAAGUUGCAACAAUACUACUGGAUGCA